AUAACGGCUUGUUUUUAGCUUCCCUUACAAAUCACGAGAAGUAACGUGUUUCCUGACAUUUCAACUACGAGUUAUCGACAACUUGGCUUUGUGACUCACACUCUCUGUCUUCUUCGUGUUGGUCAACCCAUUGCUCCCCUCAGUUGUUUAGGAACUCAGAUAGUACCACACUGAUCGGUAUUAGUUUCUGGGUCUCGACCAAUCUUCAGUUCCCACCUUGAUGUCCUGAAUCACAGUCUCAAUUUGCAUAUCCACAGCUUGUUUCAUCUUCAACAUGAAAGUUCUGUAAGAAAAAGAGCUGGAAUAUUUGAGAACAAUACAAAGUCAGUCCCUCAAAGUUUAAGCACGAAGGAAGAUUGUUGCAUUCAGGGGCCAGUAAUUGAGGAAUUUACAUUUCCGGCUGGUUCUGCUCCAUUCAACAGUUGUCAUGCCUCUACCAUUGUUGAGGUUAAACAGUUUAAUUAAGUUUCCAUUUAGUGUUCCUUUGUGGACCGAAGUUAACUGGAUUAUUACUGUUGUGAAAGUUGAGCAGGUUGACCCAGGUCACUUUUUGGUUGCUUACUUUGGGGGAAAAUCUGAAGGAGCGCCUGAUGUCAAAAUUUGGUUGCAGACAUACAAGGAUGGCUACUGGCAUCAACCAGUUGUUGCUGAUGAAGAAGCUAAUGUUCCAUUGUGGAACCCUGUACUAUUUAAACUUCCCUCUCAGGAGUUGCUGUUAUUCUAUAAAAUAGGCCUGGAUUUUCAAAGGUGGAGUGGGUGCUUGAAGAGAUCAUAUGAUAAAGGCUUGAAUUGGACAGAAAGAGAACAACUUCCUCCUGGCAUUGUAGGACCAUCAAAGAACAAGCCUAUCCUGCUGGAAAAUGGGCUUUUGCUGUGUGGAUCCUCAGUGGAGAGUUGGAACUCUUGGGGUGCAUGGGCGGAGGUCACUGCAGAUUCUGGUAGGACCUGGAAAAAGUAUGGCCCAAUAUAUCUUAAAAAUGAAUCUCUCAGUGUGAUUCAACCAGUCCCUUUUAUAACUGUGAAGGGAACCCUGCGUGUUUUACUGAGAUCCUUUACUGGCAUUGAUAAAGUUUGUAUGUCAGAAUCCUAUGAUGGUGGUCAGAACUGGGAUUAUGCAAAACCUACUGCUCUCCCCAACCCAAACUCAGGUAUCGAUGGGGUUAAGCUGAGGGAUGGCCAUCUCUUACUUGCCUAUAACACAAUCUCAAGAGGUGUGCUUAAAGUUGCCCUCUCUACUGAUGAUGGUGAUUCAUGGAAUGAAGCAUUGACGUUGGAAAAUAAGGAGGGGAUGGAGUUCUCCUAUCCAGCUGUUAUCCAGGCUAGUGAUGGAUUUGUUCACAUCACUUACACAUAUAACAGAACUCAGAUUAAGCAUGUUGUCCUUCAACCAACUUGAUGCAGUGAUCAUGUGUAUUCCUGUCAGUAGGUAUCCAUGCACAAUAGAAGGUACAUUCCUCUCAAUCAGUAGUUUAGAUGCUAAUUACCAAGCUCUUUAAAGUUGGAGACUCUUUUGAUUAUUAUACCAUACUAAAACAUGAUACCAUGUAUGAUGGCUCUCACUUUUGUUUGUAAACAAUUCAACAUUUCUGUUAAUUGUUAUAUGCUGAUCAACAGGGGAAAAAAAUAAUAAUAAUAUUUUUGUUAAUUAUAUAGGUAUUGCCCUGCAUUCUCAAUGUCUAUUCAUGCUUUGCCAAAUUUUUUCAAGGGAAUUUAUCAUCUACUAUUUGCAACGCGUAUAACGUAUGUGUGUGUGAGUAAACCCCUACAUAGGAAACAAACAAUUUAUGUAGUUCAGUUAUUCUUGGCUGUUCGAUGAGGUUACACUUCUUUCUUGGGCAGGAUGACUAUUAAGAUUCGAGAUUGACCUCUAUGUGAUUGUGUUGACUGAGGAAGUGUCUGGGGUAGUAUCUUGAAAUCCUGUCAGCUUGGUGGAUUGCAGGUAUAACAUGGAAGAUUUGUUGUGUGGUGGAUAAAACACGCUAAAUGGAAGAACGUUCACUCGCUAGUUGUGCAAUUCCAGUUGUUGAAUUCAAGUUCAAUAACAUGACUGCAGAUUUUUUCCUUUUUUAGUUAAUUUCAGUUGUUUUAUAUCAUAUUUAAGCACUCAAUGUCUUUACCCGGAAAGAAAAGCUAUGCUUCUGUAAUUCAUACGGGAGGAGCCCUGUACCAAUGGAAUCGGUUUUUGUUUCAAGGAAAAAAAACCAAGAAUAUAUAAAGGAUUCGUGGAUUUGAGUAAAAAGAUUUUGAGUCU